CGUGGAGCAUAAAACCGUGACGGAAAUGUAGCCUGCAGCGACUUGUAACUUGCAUCCCAUCGUUACGAAGGUCUGUAGUAUCGUUAGAACGUCACUCUCGGAAUCAUGUGGCUUAUUCACACCCAGACGAUGAAACUGCAUCAAUUGGUGGAUGUCGAGGAAACCCCGUAUGCAAUUCUAUCGCACACUUGGGAAGAUGAGGAGGUUACGUUCCAGGAGUUUCACGACCUGGAGAAAGCACGGCAAAAGAAAGGUUUCGUUAAGAUCCAUGAAACAUGCCGGAUCGCGGCCUCUCGCGGUUUACAUUAUGCCUGGGUCGACACCUGUUGCAUCGACAAGUCUUCCAGUGCUGAGCUUUCCGAAUCCAUCAAUUCGAUGUUCAAAUGGUACCAGGCGUCCGAAGUUUGCAUUGUCUUUCUGUCUGAUCUUCCCCCCAAUUCGUCUCCUUUCGAAGAUACUAUAAAGUUUCCACACCAGUUCCCAAGAUGUCGAUGGUUAACGCGAGGAUUUACACUACAAGAGUUGAUCGCGUCCUCCAGAUUAUUAUUCUACGAUAGCAGUUGGAAUUGUCGAGGAACCAAAUCUGAAUGGAAGUCUUUAAUUUCCAAUACAACGGGGAUUGAUCUAGACGUCCUAGAAGACCCUGAAUGUCUUUCUUCGGUUCCCGUGGGUAGACGUAUGUCAUGGGCUGCUAAGCGCAAAACUCAGAGAGAAGAGGACAGGGCGUAUUGUCUAUUGGGGAUAUUUGACGUCAAUAUGCCUCUGAUUUACGGCGAGGGGGGCAAGGCCUUUAUGCGACUACAACAAGAGAUCGCUAAACAAACUUGUGACCUAACUCUUUUUGCAUGGCAACAAGAGGGUCCAGAUCCACCAUAUCGGGGGAUACUGGCACAGUCCUCAGCAGAAUUCGCCAAUUGCGGCUCUCUAAAGCACAAAAUUCGAGACGCCAACUUGACAAACGAAUAUACCUUCACGAACAAAGGACUCCGCAUUGAGACAGCAUUAGUAACGGUACCUAGCGUGAGUGAGGACUACAUAUGGAACUUGGGAUGCUCAUGGCGCGAUGAUUGGUCUAAGCUGGAAAUCCAGGGCUACUUAGGUGUAUUUUUGGCUAAAACAGCCAACGGAUAUGUCCGUGUUCAACCGAAUCUGUUGUUCGAAGCGGGCAUACAGCGGCGAGGUCGAAACUUAUUCGGAGCCUUCUACAUGCAAGCGCAUCUCACCAAACUAGAAUUUGCGCGUAUCAAUAGGUGCUUUGAGGGCGCUGUUUGCGUCCGUUUUCCAGAAACUCUUCGCAUAAGAACUACAGCUCCAGAAGCGCUGUGGGACCAGAAUAGGUCAUUGUUCUUCAACCACGGCCAAGGGAUCAACGGCUAUAUUCAUCUUCAGCUGGACGAGAGCUCGGAACGGGAUUUUCGAAGGGGCUUCAUUGUCGCUUACUCGACCAUGGAGCGUCCCCUUUGUGUUAUUUGGCAACAGUACGACCACGCAUUCAGUCGCGUUCAGGGAUUUAUGAAGUCAAAAGUCCUUGCGGACUAUGUCGCGGCCGAUUACCUACGCCUCCGGUUUGGCUCUCAAUAUUCCGAUGCUGCAACAUCAAGAGCUUCUACUCUUAUUGUCGAUCCAUCUUCGAGCAUGUUUAUUUCCAUACUAGUCGAGCUACAGGAACACGAAUAUCAAGGACAGCGUGGGUUUGUUCUGAACAUACACCUUUCACGGGGGCAACGACGUCAAUGAAUUUGUCACAGUACAGUACUAUAUAGUGAGUGCAGAGACGUCAAGCCUUCGACUUGAU